AUGCUUGGAACGUCUGGCGAUGGACUAAUCACAAAACUCACCUCAUACCUCGCCGCAGAUAGCGCUAUACCCCACGAAGUCCCUCCUCCUACACUUGAUCAACCGGGCGAGCUGUACCCUACUCUGACAGCGACUGUUUACGAUGAUGCGGAAGCUUGGAGCGAUGAUCGAACAGGACUAUCAGCGAGACCUUUCUCGAAGACGAUUCCUAGACACUCACUGAAGAAAUCUGCUAGUGAACUAGUUGUACUUAGUCAAGUGCGAAACGAGCGCUCAACUGCAACUGCAGCGCUGAAUGCAGUACGCUUCAGGGAAGACGAGCGCCGCACAGCCUAUACAAUCCCGUCUCCAACACGCACCAGGUUACAGCCUCCUCGCCCUACCUCCCAGCGUUCCAUCAGCAACUCUCGACAUGAACUUAAGUCCCGCUAUCAUGAUCCAGCCAUCUCAUCUGCGAGCCUCCAAAAGCAACUUGUUGAGCAAACAAAACCUGCUAUUGAACGACCCGGUAAACCUAGUCUGACUGGGAACGGAGUUUUGAGGAGUUCAAGGCCAGAACCUACCAGAUCUACUGCUAUGCGCUCGAGCUCAGAGCCGGAUCCAGCGCGAGCACUUGCGAACCCAAGGACGCGCCCCUACAAUAUGACGCUAAAGCCAUGCAUAAAGAAAAAGGCGAAGAGUACCACAACCACACCACCAGGCGAAUUGCAGCAGAAUGCCGUUAGUCUUGAGCCAAAGUUUCUACGUCGUGUCAAAACCGUCGAUUUUGAAGAGACUGGCUCAAAGCCGUCGCUCUCGCUACCUCAGGUAAUUAACACACCAGUAAGCUCAGCCAAGCCGAUAUAUGAUUGCGGGAAUAGUGCCAAGUUUGCCAACAACCAGACAGAGACAGUCAAGCGGUGUCCGUCUUACCCGAACACAACAAGUACAGCCAAAGGCACUGUGGCAGAACCAGCUACUACGCGGACGGACGUACAUGUCAUCGCUAUUACGCCAUCGUGGAACGCGGGAGACCUCGCCAAUGAUGACGGUGCUGAUCCGGCAACACCCACCAUGCAGAUUGUUGAGACAAAGAGUGGCAGUUAUGAGGUGGUUUGGAACGAUGUUCCACAUGAGCAUACCAUCAGGACAAGAGGGCGACGGAGUUCGUCAGCAAGUCAUGCUCUAGAGGGUAUUGAUCCAAGCGCCAGACGUGGCCUUGAGCGAGUCAACUCGAAGCUUGCAGGAUGGUCGGGAACCUGGAACAGCCCAUCGGACAGCUUCAGGCCUACUAUUGUGGUUUUCCCCGAUGACGAUGGCCGGGCUGUUCGCUAUGAUUGCACGGUGGACGACGAGGGAGACCCGACAGCAGUAGUACCUCCAAACAGCCUGAUGACAAGCGGCGCGCCUUCUCGCAUCCCAUCCCGCCCUGCAAGUGUGCCUACGACCAGGACUGUGUCGUGUGAGGAGAUAUCGUUGCGGGACGCCUUACAAGAGACGCCACCACACAGUCCACGAGCGGGGUCACCGCCUUUAAAGCAAUCUCUUGUCGUGCCCAGUAUUGAGAUCAGAGGACGAAAAACGAAACCAUCAGCAGUUAUUCGAAACCUCUCGAACCUUGACGAAGCAGAUACCAAGUUUCGCGAUCAUCGCGACUCUGUUACAAUUGCACAUGCUCGUCUUGUGCAUUCGGGCAGCGUGUCGCCUGAACUGUUUGCGCAUAGAAGUUCUGUUUCGCUGAAAAAGAAGCGCAUGCAUGCAAGAAACCAUGCCGCAUCAGCAGCAAGGACAGUCUCGCGUCAGAAAGAAGUGUCGGCCGAAGCAUUAGGACUCUUUGCUGAUGAGGACAUCUCGGCAGUAACACUGCCUAUUAUCGUGAGCUUCAAGCCCGAUCCGGUUUUCGCCCCAGAAGAUGCAACAGAGUUUUGGAGCAACGAGACGCAGCAUGCAUGGUUAAACAUCGUACCAGAGGGCUUGGGCUACGUCAAUGUCAAGAAUCCUUCCGAAUAUUCCAAUCUCCCGCAUCCGAUACACGAUUACCCCAACCAUACCGUCUUCACCACAUCCGUAACGCAUCAGCUUCACUGUCUAUACACUAUAUUGGACGCAUACAAUUCCAUGAAGCUUAUGGUCGCAUCGCCAGUGUCUGCGAACCCUGUCAAGAUGCCAUGGCACAUCAAUCACUGUUUCGAAUAUAUUAGACAGGCCAUAAUGUGCGCGGGAGACGUGGCAUUAGAAGGGGCUGCGACAAGUUUCCCAGGCGAUGCACACGGAGAGGAUCGAGGCGGAAGCGAUGGGUGGGAUGCGAAGCAUGUGUGCAAAGACUACGGGCAGGUAUAUGAGUACUUGGAGAACGAAACGAUCAAUCACAUGAAGUGGAUCUCAUCGGAUUAG